AACCACCAUUGAGGAGAUUCCUCUUCUUCUUCUCCUCCUCCUCCCCCUCCUCAUCUCCCAUCGCAAAUCCGGCCGCGAGCGCGCGCGAGCGCGACAUGCACCCCACGUUCGCGCGCGGCUUAAAUUAGGCAAGAGGCGCGCCACGGUCGCGCCUUCUUUGUCUCUCCCUUGUUUUUUUUUAAAUUUUUUUAUAAGCUGCGAGGCCGCGUCGUCCGCCAUUCUCUUCUUCUUCUUGUUGCACACCGCCGGCCGGCCGUGCGUAGUGCGUGGCAUGUCCGUGUUCCCCCUAGCAGCUGAUUGAUUUGAUUUGGUUUUUUUCUUUGCUUGAUUACUUCCUUCGAUCUUGCCCUGGUUGGUUGGUGGUGGUGGUGGGUUUUGCUAUCUCUGCGUGCGUGUUCCGGCCGUGUCGGCGGCGGCGAGCGUGAGGAGGCGCGGCGGCGGAGGCGGCGGUGAGCGAACGGCGGGUGCCACGUGCCCACGCCUUGCGCGCGAAGCUCGAGGCGGUGGGCUGGGUGAUGGUGCGGUUCCUCCGGCGCCAUAGCCUCGACAAGAACAGCGCGCAGUUCCAUCGCCAGCUGAGCCACGACAGCAGCAGCAGCAGCAGCGACACCGCCGACAUGCACGAGCCUCACGGCAAUGGCAGCGGGGGCACUCCCCCGCUGCCCAACGGGAGAGCCGCCGCCGCAGGCGCGCCGCGCUCCCGCUUCGGCCGCGACGGGCCGCCCUCCGAUUUGGACGUGAUGAAGGAGAGGUUCGCGAAGCUCCUGCUGGGCGAGGACAUGUCCGGCACCGGCAAGGGCGUGUCGUCGGCGCUGGCGCUGUCGAAUGCGAUCACGAACCUGGCGGCGUCCGUGUUCGGCGAGCACCGCAAGCUGGAGCCCAUGGCGCCGGACACCAAGGAGCGGUGGAAGAAGGAGGUCGGGUGGCUCCUCUCCGUCACCGACCACAUCGUCGAGUUCGUCCCCACCCGCCAGACCGCCGAGAACGGCACCACCAUGGAGAUCAUGUCCACCGCCCAGCGCCGCGACCUCCAGAUGAACGUCCCCGCCCUCCGCAAGCUCGACGCCAUGCUCAUCGGGUACAUGGACAACUUCGUGGACCAGAGCGAGUUCUGGUACGAGAAGGGAGGGGACAACAAGAGGGACGACGACAAGUGGUGGAUGCCGACGGUGAAGGUGCCGGCGGAGGGGCUAUCGGAGGUGACGAGGAAGUGGCUGCAGUACCAGAAGGAGUGCGUGAACCAGGUGCUGAAGGCGGCCAUGGCGAUCAACGCGCAGGUGCUGGUGGAGAUGGAGAUCCCGGAGGUGUACAUCGAGUCGCUGCCCAAGAAGGGCAAGACCAGCCUCGGCGACGCCAUCUACCGGAGCAUCACCGACGAGGAGUUCGACCCGAUCGAGUUCCUGGAAGGCGUGGACCUGUCCACGGAGCACAAGGUGCUCGACCUCAAGAACCGCAUCGAGGCGUCCACCAUCAUCUGGAAGCGCAAGAUGCAGACCAAGCAGGAGGCCAAGUCGUCGUGGGGCUCCAUCAUCAGCUUCGAGAAGCGCGAGCAGUUCGAGGAGCGCGCCGAGACCAUCCUCCACCUCCUCAAGCUCCAGUUCCCCGGCACCCCUCAGUCCCAGCUCGACAUCUCCAAGAUCCAAUACAACCGGGACGUGGGGUACGCGAUACUGGAGAGCUACUCGAGGGUGCUGGAGAGCCUGGCGUACAGCGUGAUGUCGAGGAUAGAGGACGUGCUGGGGGCGGACGCGGCGGCGCAGAACCUGACGGCGACGGAGGCGGCGAGGAGGCUGAUGGACGGGGACGCGGCGGCGAGGAAGCUGGACGCCAUGGAGGAGCUGGAGAAGCUCAACGAGGCGCCGGCGUCCAUGACGCUCUACGACUUCAUGGGGUGGCACUUCGACCAGGACGAGCUCAUGAGGAAGAAGGAGGAAGGCACCCUCGACGAGGCCGGCGAGGCCAAGCUCAAGAAGGCCCCCAGCCUCGCCCCCAAGAAGUUCUCCUACGUCGACAGCCUCUCCGCCGGCGGCAUGAGGAGCCCCUCCGCGCGCCACUGAUCACCACCACCGCCGCCAUUACACUCUCUCUCACACGCACAAGAUGAUCGGCACCAUCGCCGGAGUCGGACAAGAUGACCGGCGCCGCCGCUUUCUUGCACGCUGUACAUAACCGAACUCGACGGACACUAGAGAUCAACGACGACACUGGAGUAGAGAUCAGCUUGAUUAUUAAUCUAAUCAGCAUCUAAUCUCUUCUUACCAAUGCCAAUUAAUGCUGGGAGGUAAUUACUAUUGAUUUCUUUUUUUUUCUUCCUUCUCCAUCUUUAUUCUAGAGGGGGAAAAGAACAAAGGUGGUUUCAUCUGCAAUACCUGCAAUUCGACGCCAUUGCUACUGAUCAUGUAACUAGUACUGGUUUGUACCAAGCAGUUCUGAGUUCUCUUGAAAAAAGGAGAAGAUGAACUCCUUGGGAUGUAUGUAUGUAACUGGGUGGACGGGGAACACACACUGUAUUCUUUCAUUUGUUUCAAACUAAUCUUUUUGUUACACUUGGUUUCCCAUCUUGAAAUGCCUGGUUCUUAUCCAAACUUAGGUCACACUGUAAACUGCAACAGAUUAUUUUUGUAGGUUUGUGCAAGUAAAAGCAUAUAAGAUUAUAUCAGAAAGUAGCCAGCCAAAAAAAAAAUCUGAAAUCUGAAAUAAGCCCAGUAGCACAUCAGAUUUAGCACUAUAUCGUGCUUUUACUCUUUAACACAAUUCAUGCACAACUCAAAAGAACAAUAUACUGGAAAAUGAAAAGGAUGGAAUUUUAUAACUUCCAACUGUCUCAUGCUUAUGACAUAAUAUACAAUUCACCUAAGCAACUCUUGCUCGACUCAUUUGGCACUUCAGAGAUCUCAGGUCACAAGGAAGCAAUUGCCUCAAGAGUAAAGACCAACCAAGCCCAACAACAUUUUGCCAACUGCUUGCUAUUUACUCCUUCCACCAACACGUAUGACCCAACAAUGGAAAGGCAAAGGAUUGACAGGAAAGGGUACAGGGAAAAAAAGGUAACCUCUUGUAUGAACUUCAGUGGCUAACUAACCCUCAACAUUUGUUUCCUCUAGGGGAAAAGAACAAACAAAAUCACUUGUUAGCAGUCAAAACCCACGCCAAGCAUUUACAAACAUUACCAAACAUCAAGGAAUAAGUGGAGCACUAUGUACAUCUGUUUAUACAUUAGUCAACUCUCUAGAUCAUUCUCUUGCCUGACUUGAACUGACGCAGUUGGGAUAGGCACAUUGUGCUCUAUAUAGUCAUCCGAAGCUUCCUCCUCAUCAUCAGAAGAUAGAGUAGACGGCCCCAUCCAUGACUUGAAACCAUCAUUAAUUCGCCUCUGCAUCUCUGGGGUUACUUCUAUUGUUGUCUCCAGCAUUUCUAGACCCACAUUGUGGGGAGUGUAAUCACCCUCAUCAAGGAUCACCGCAGCUUUCCUUCUCAAGAAGAAGGCAGUGCCAGCAUAUAGGAUUACCAAACCCCAUGCUGUAAUUUCAUAGCACCAGAAGAGAGGAACAGAACAA